GAAGAUUCAUGUCCGCAGCCCGGAGCUGUUCGAUGAGUUGGUGUUGGCGGACGGCAAGAAAGAGGUGUGGACACCCAGGGCCAACAAGAUCACCGGGCAGUGGUUCGACCAGAUCAAGAAUCUGAAGGAUGUUUCCGCGAACCUCCUCUUCUUGAAGUCGGAGGAUCUAGCGGUCAACUUGACCGCAACCUUGGCGAGGAUGGGCUCGUUCAUUGGAGUGAACGGGGCGCUGUUUCCCCACGAG